AUGGAGGGGAAAGAGAAAGACGAGACCAUACUUGGAGCGUCCCCAGAGAUGGAUUCAGGAUCCGCCAAAGACACUGCUGGUCAAGACGGGAAUAAGGGGAUUAAACGCGACUUGGAAUCUCGGCACAUUAACAUGAUUGCAAUUGCAGGAAUGAUUGGAACUGGCCUAUUCUUAAGCUCGGGCUCGACUAUUGUGACUGCCGGUCCUGGUGGUGCGUUGUUGGCUUAUAUCGUGAUGGGUCUCGUCACUGCGGGUGUAUCCUACACUACGGGAGAGAUCACCUCUUUCAUGCCGUCAACAGGCGGAUUUAUACGUCAUGCAACCAAGUUCGUCGAACCAGCACUCGGCGCUGCCACUGGAUGGAACUUUUGGUACACGAUGUCCAUUUCCGUUCCUGCUGAAAUCAGUGCAGCUGCAACGCUGAUCCAGUUUUGGAAUACGUCCGUCAACCCAGGCGUUUGGAUCACUGUAUUCUUGGUGUUCAUCCUCACGAUUAACUUCUGUGGUGUUCGACUUUACGGUGAGAGCGAAGUCGUGUUUGCGUCCCUCAAAAUCAUGACGAUCAUCGGCCUUAUCAUCGGCGGCCUUGUCAUCGACCUUGGCGGAGGACCGAACGGCGAGCGCAUAGGAUUCCGUUACUGGCAGAACCCCGGCGCGUUUAACAGCUAUCUCGUUCCAGGCUCAGCUGGCAACUUUCUGGCUUUCUGGAAGGUUCUGCUCUCAGCCGCGUUCAGCUACGGCAAUAUACAAGUUGUUGCCAUUUCCGGAUCUGAGACGCAAGAGCCUAGGAAGAUUAUUCCUGCGGCAACCAGGAAAACGUUCUUCCGGGUGUUCUUCUUUUACGUUCUCAGCAUUCUCAUUGUUGGAAUGAUUGUGCCAUCAAACGACCCCUCCCUGAGCAUCUCGACGGGCACAGCACAGCAGUCACCGUUUGUCAUUGCCUUCACACGUUCCGGAGUUUCGGUUUUACCUUCAAUUAUAAACGCAGUUGUAUGCACUUCUGCCAUCAGCAGUGGAUCAGCUUGCGUUUUCAUUGCUUCCCGGACUCUUUAUGGUCUAAGCUGCGAUGGUCACGCUUCCAAGAUCUUCCAGCGCUGCAACAGGUUCGGAACGCCUCAUUACGCCGUGGGACUAACUUGUAUCUUGAUGCCGCUUGUCUACCUCAAUGUGGCCAACAACACAUCCGUGGUUUUUGGCUGGUUCCUCAAUAUCACGACUGUUGCUGGCCUCAUUGGCUGGAUCGUCAUCGAGGUGACGUAUCUUCGGUUCUAUGCUGGACUCAAAGCACAGGGGUAUUCUCGAGAUGAUCUCCCCUACUGCAGCCCGGGGCAACCCUAUGUAUCGUGGAUUACCCUAGUCAUGGUGUGCCUUAUUGUAUUUUUCUCAGGAUUCGACGUAUUUACCGCAGGAAAUUUCACUGCAUCCGGGUUUCUUACCUGCUAUCUCAAUAUUUUCAUCUUUGCCGCUCUCUAUGUUUUCUUCAAGCUACGCCUGAAAUCCCGAAUCGUGGCCGUGAACGAAAUGGACUUUGAAACAGAAUUCAAAUCCAUCAGGCAAGAGAAAGCACAGAAGGAACUGUAUGGGCCUCCAAAGAAGGGCUUGAAGCAGUUGCUUCACAAGGUCAUCCACACUGUAUAA